ACCAAAUGAUGUAAGUAUAACUACCAAACAAAUAAACACACACGCCGCCGGCGUGAUUGAGUCGCCGUCGUCAUAGGAGCCGUACACAUCGACAAGAGUCCAAUUACCCGAUUUCCAGCACCACAUUACUGUUUCUUCUGCCCAAAACAAAAGGGUGUGAAUAUAAUACAUUAUCCGGAGGAAGAGGACAGUUGACUUUCUCCGACGACUCUACUGACCAAAUAUUAUAGGUAAACCAAUUGUCGGCGGCGAUGAGUCCCGAAACCAACAACAACCACGAAGAGUCGCCGGUUCGCGUGACGGGAGCCAACGGACUCAUCGGCUCGUGGGUGGUCCGAACCUUACUUGAAUUCGGGUACAACCGACCCAGACUGCGAUCUUCUCCUCCCUGCCUUCCAUGGCACCCUCAACGCCCUUCAAGCCGCCGUCGAUUCCAACCUCUCUCGCGUCGUCCUCACUUCUUCCGUCUCCGCCUUGGUUCCAAACCCUAAUUGGCCCUCCGGCCAUGUAUUCGACGAGUCCUCCUGAACCGAUCUCGACCCACUGCAAGUCUCGAAAGGUCAGCCUGAUCUUCAAUUCAAUCGUUCGAAUCCAUGGCUAAGUUCAAUUAUACCAAUUGAGUUUUUUCUAUUGGUUUGCAGAAAUGGUAUCCGGUGACGAAGACGCUGACGGAGAGAGCCGCGUGGGAGUUUGCGGAGAAGAAAGGGAUCGAUUUGGUGGCGAUCCAUCCGGCGACGUGCUUGGGGCCACCGUUGCAACCGGGAUUGAAUGCAAGCUUUGCUCUGUGAGACUCAUGCUGCUUCUGGUAGGUACCAAUUUCGAGACUUUGCUGACAGGGUUUCCAAACUCUUCCCUGAAGUCCCUGUUUACAGGUUUACUUUUCUCCCUGCUUUCCUUUUCCCUCACCAUUUUUUAGUGAUUCUUUGCUCAAAAGCUAAGAGAAGAAUCGUAAUCAUGAUGGUAUUGUUGCCCCGCCAAACAUUAUCGUGUAGCUAUUCGAAUCUGGUUUGCUUUUUCUGCAAUGGGUGGAUCCAUUUUGCAUAAUCACAUUGCUUGCUGCCCAUCGAAGCUUCCAUUUCUACAUUCUUUCCCUUGUUUAUUACUGUGGUGAAAGUCAGUAUUCAUUAGAAGUUUCCCUGCAUUAUAAAAUCAAUGCAUAAUUGCUCUUCAGUCAGUGACUGCAUUUUCUCCUUCAUCGCCAAAUCAUUUUGCAAUUGGUAUAUUGUCGCGAUGCUUGGUUACUCUUUGUUGUAUUUAAGUGGUCCAAUCCAAUUCCUGCUAUGGGGAUUAUUGGUUUUGUCCUUGGGAUGCGCAUUGCAAGUUGGGAUCUUAUUUAUUUGUGACCUUGUGAGGUGGCAAUGGUGUUUGAUCCUCCUGCGGCAGGACAAAACGUUGGUUGGUAAGUGAGAGCUGAAUCCAAAUGGGGAACAGGACAGCCUGGAGUAAAGAAAGCCACAGUUUUAAUUAUUCGAUGAUAAUGCAGAUGCCAAAAACUAAGUACACUUCUGAUCAACUGCAACAGCUUGUUAACGGCUGUAUUCAUUGAAACAACCCUGGAUUGGUCAUCGUUUGAUCACCACGUUUGACCGUGCUUACUUGGCACGAAUUUUCAUGACCCAGAUUCACUGAAGAGACCCAGCCUGGUCUGGUUGUUUUUUAUGGUGCUGCUAAGGAACUGGUUAAUCUGGGACUGAAGUUCGCCCCUGUGGAAGAUGCUGUUCGAGAAACUGUCGAAAGUCUGAGAGCUAGAGGCUUGGUUGCUGAGCCACCUCAGGCUUAGUCUAGUUUAGGUUAGUUAAGUUUCAGCUAAUAUACAUCAUCUACAGUCUUGAAUAGAUGAUGAAAUGUUAAUUCUUUUUACUUUCCAUGGAAGAUGAUGGAUGAUCUAUUUGAGAAAGUAGAAUGAAAACCCUUUUUUUAAUCUAAACGUUAUUAUUAUAUGCUCAUAAUUUCUCUGAAUGUUGGCAAAAGUAGCUUAGGAGUUUGUUUUGUCCCCCCACCUCAUGGUAUCAUGAGAUAGAAAAAGAUGAUAUGAAUGGUACCCACACCUUUAUUAAAUUACCCCUUUACUUUGCCACUUGAAAGGGUGAAAUGAAAUGGAUGAAGAAAGGCUUUACUAACUUGCUCUCUCUGGUAUUAACUCAUUUUUCAGAGGCGAAGGAGAGUGGGAGCUAUUCAUUAACUCGAUGGCGAUGUUGAUGGAGGAAAGAAAAGACCUCCCUAAGAUGGACCAGAUGCAGGUUAGUCCAAAAUGUUAGUUAGCUGAGCUGUGGGUUUGUAAUUGUUAGUAGAACUCUCACGUGAUGAUGGGAACUGGACUGGAGAGCUUUUAGGAAAAUGAGCGGGGUCGUUGUCACCCUUAAAACCAAACAAUGUAACCUGCACAGCUUAAGUUGAACUCAUUUAGAGCCACAACCCUCUACUGCUUGCCUUUUGUUUAAUCUGGUUCAGCACUUAUGAAACUCUCCUUUCCCUACUCAAUCCCUGCUUAUAAAAAAAGAGGUUAAAGGAAGUAAAGCAAGGACGAGAAGAAGGCUUAAAAACACUCCAUGUGGGUCUGCUGAUUCCCUUCGAUGCUAUCCUUUUAUCUUCACUUACACACACAGCGUGCAGUUUAAUCAUGGAGAGUGCCUGGCAGCUCCAUGUGGCUUCCAAUGACUUCGCCCCACUUCCCAUUAUUAUUCUGAACCUUUGAUGAUCCUCUUCUUCUUCUUAUUCUCUCUAUCUCUCUCCUGCUGGGUAUAAAGUAUUACAGACUGAGAGUACUAUACCAUGAGCACUUGUCCAUCUUGGGUUUAAGUUAACUUUUCUUCUGCAGCGAAGUAGCGAUGGUGUUGAUGGAUAGUCCGACGAUUCCCCGAGCAUGUAGAAGGUCUUGGUCCAUCAGCGAAGAGUCGUUGAGGAGAUACGUGCAUUUCGCGAGCGAGAGCUGCAUACAGGAAUUGCUAUCAGCCUCCUCAUCCAGCUCAGACCUCCCCAGCAACAGUGGCGAAGAAGAGUGGAAGAUUGUCAGCACUCUGCAGAACAUUAAUGGAGGAGCCGAGAUCUCCAAACGCAGGGGUGCUGGUGGGUCGUCUUUUCCUGCUUUCCGCAACCGCUGUCUCCUGAAAUCGGUCUCCCCUCAACAGUUCAUCUCCGUAGCCAAUGCUAUUGAUGCUGCCAGGCAAUGGGAUACAGAUCUGGUGGAAGCAAGGUACAUAAAAGACAUGGACGACAAUCUGAGCAUAGUCCAGUUAAGGUACGGGGAGAAGUCGAAGCAGCCCUUGUUCCGGAACAGGGAGUUCGUGGUGUACGAAAGGAGGGAAACCAUGGAAGACGGGACACUUGUAGUGGCAAUCGCGUCGCUCCCCAAGGAGAUGGCCGAAGGUUUGCCCGGAGAUCAUCGUCACAGCUACAACAACAGCAGCAGGGCAAAGAAGAUGAAGAGCAACGCGAUCAGAGGGCUGGUGCUGCACUCGGGCUGGGUGGUGGAGAAGCUUCAGCACGACUCGUCCUGCUGCAUGGUCACGUACGUCGUCCAGCUCGAUCCAGGAGGCGCUGGAUGGCUCCCCAAGUGCUUCGUCAACCGGCUCAACACCAAGCUGGUCAUGGUCAUCGACAAGCUACGCUUCAUCGCCCAGUCGCUUCCUCAAAUUUCCCACUCCCUGUUGCCCGAUCACCAUCAUCAUGAACAGGAAUGACGUAUAAUCUUGUCACAGAUCGAUCGAAUCGAACUGCCUUGUGUGGGUUCCUUUUAGCAGUAUACAUAAGCUGUUAAGUUGCAGCUGGUUACAGGAUGAUAAUCAAGUACCACUUUUUUCAGUAACAUGGAGAUAUGUCGUGAUUGGCUGCGGUCGUUAUCAGGACAGCAGAGGCCACAGGGACAUUGAUUAAGAUCAUCCAGUGCAAGUGAGUAACCAGCUCAUCAAAUGACCAGCCACCAACCAAUUUGCAAGUGCAUGGAAAUGGUGGAAUGGAAGAGACUGUAAAACUUGUGGCCCAGUUUCCCACUGUUGCUUGGAUUUGAUGGCACCACUCAACCGAAUCUUUUUCCCAUUCUGGGUAUCUUGUUCCCCAAUCAACAUCCAAUUGAAUGAUUCCUUGGCCACUGUCUCUUCUGAGUUCUGGCCUUGGGUGUCUCUCCAGGACGGCUCAAUUUCAUUUUCAUCAGAACACAAGCCCAACUCUUAGGGCUAAGCCCAAAUUAGAGAGGUGAAAUCAAACUGGACCCAGGCCCCAACCCACCAGAUCUGUAAACAUGGCCUGUUAAUCAUCCGGUGGGAAAUUUGAUUGAUCGAUAUGAAUUUGUUGAUCAUUGCUUUACAAGUUGUGGCAACCCCAGUUUACCGUCCAUUGUCCACUCAGAUUGAUUGGUGUUUGGUGGUAAUUAAAGUGUCAUCGGUGUUUGAGAAAAUACUUUAUCCUUUAAACUCAAUUUAUUUACUUUUAUUAUUUAUAUUGAUAACAA